AUGUCUACCAAUCAGACCAGCAACCCUUCCCCUUGCUCUUGCGGCGGUUACCACGGUGUGACUGCAGACAUGGAGCAGAUCAUCUCCAUUGCCGUGAGCACUCUGGAAGAGAAUGAUGUUGACCGUGUCCGCAUCUCUCUCUCUGGUCAUGAGCCUGUCAACAACCCCAUGACGUUUAUUUACGAGAUGGACCGCUCCGGUGCCCUCCGCUUCAUCUCCAGUCGCCCUGGUGGCCUUCCCGACCACAUUCACAACUAG